CACAUCUUGUCGUAGCCCUAAAAAGGUAUUCCCAACAACUUGCACGACCUCCCAACCCUCUCCGCCAGUUUAUAAGAGGACCAAGCAUGCCAAUCUCUUCCCCAUACCAUCCCUUAACUGAGGAGCCCUUCACUUUGUCUCUUUAAGUUUCUUUCGCUUUCGUGGGUUCUUUUGUUUUAGCAGUACUAUAUAUAUACACUUCAUCUACGUACGUUAAUCCAUCGAGCUCGAUCCUCCGCCUGAGAGCAUUAAUGGCAUCAAGCUUUUUCAGUUCUUCUCGCGGCUCCAACUCCUCUUGGACGUCAAAGCAAAAUAAGCAGUUUGAGAAGGCUCUGGCUUUGUAUGACAAGGACACUCCAGACCGGUGGCAAAAUGUGGCCAAGGCCGUCGGUGGGAAAUCUGCCGAGGAAGUAAGAAGGCACUACGAGGUCCUUGUGCAGGACCUCAUUAAUAUAGAAUCUGGCCAAGUCCCGCUGCCCAAUUACAAGGCCACUGCGGGGAGCAACGGCAGAGGAUUCGACGAUUAGCAGAGGCUGAUGAAGAAUCUAAGGCUCUAAUGAAGCCAAAGCAUAACUCAUGUGGAUGUGGUCGAUCAUAAGAUCUGUAAAAAGUACGUGGAUGUGCCAUUAGCAGUAGAUGCCUAAAAAAAAAAUGUAUUUACGUCCUGAUCAUCAAUAAACUUGCACCUAUGGUAAGGGAUUGUCUAA